AUGGCCAGCGCCGAAAUCCCAUCCGAGCUCAAGCAGCGCUUCGAAGCUGCGGGACAAGACCACGUCUUCGCCUUCUGGUCCAAGCUUGAUGCAGAGGAGCGAAGCAAGUUUCAAGCGCAGCUCGAAGCUUUGGAUGUCAAGCGCGUGAAUGCAGUUUACAAGAAGGCUUUGGAAGGGGAAGCGGAAGCUGCGGCGCUGGCUCAACAGCGCCUUUCACUCGCUGCUCCGCCCGCCAGCAGCACUUUCUCAGCUGCAGGAUCUGGUUCGGGUGCUUCAGAGGCGAGCAAGUACCGCAAGCGUGGACUCGAGGCUAUCGCGGCGCGUCAAGUUGGCGUUCUUCUGCUGGCUGGCGGUCAAGGUACGAGACUUGGAAGCUCGGCACCAAAGGGAUGCUACAACAUCGGCUUGCCAUCAGGCAAAAGCCUCUUUCAGCUUCAAGCAGAGAGGAUCCGAAAGCUGGAAGAGCUCGCUGGGAAGGAGGCGAGGAUUCCGUGGUUCAUCAUGACCAGCGGUCCGACGCGCCAGCCUACCAUCGACUUUUUCCAGCAGAACGAGUACUUUGGCUUAAAGGCAGAAGACGUCAUCUUCUUCGAACAGGGUGAGUGCUGUAGAACAACAUGUGGUGGUGGUCGUGCUCCCCGUGACCUAGCCCGCUGACUGCUCUGCCUGAUCUCUGCGCCGACUAGGUACACUGCCAUGCCUGACGAUGGAAGGGAAGGUCAUGCUGGCUAGUCCUUCAGAGAUUGCAACAGCACCCGACGGUAAUGGUGGCAUCUACACUGCACUUCGAGCUCCACUGAAAGGCGCUGGUGGGGCUGCGGAUGGAGAAACAGUGAUUAGCACGCUUCAAUCGCGGGGCGUGAAGUACCUGCACGCAUUCGGUGUGGAUAAUUGCCUCGUCAAGGUGGGCGACCCUACCUUUGUGGGUCUGUGCAUCGAGCGAGGCGUCUGUGCGGGCGUCAAGACAGUGGUCAAGACGGAUCCAGCAGAAAGCGUCGGUGUUGUAGCCCAGCGCAACGGCAAGUGGGGCGUCAUCGAGUACAGCGAAAUCCCAAAGGAGCUGUCAGAAGCGCGCGAUGAGGAUGGCCAAUUGAGUUUCAGAGCUGCAAACAUUGUCAAUCACUUUUACACCACCGAAUUUUUGGCCAGAGAGGUUCCAGCCUUCGAGUCGGAGAUGGCUUUCCACAUUGCGCGCAAGAAGAUCCCGACGAUCGAUCUUGCGAGCGGAGAAGCUGUCAAGCCGAGCAAGCCAAACGGGAUGAAGUUGGAAUUGUUCAUCUUUGACGUUUUUCCCUUCAUCAAGGAUCUCGCCGUCCACGAAGUCGCCAGAAGGUCCGAAUUUUCGCCGCUGAAGAACGCGCCCAACACUGGCGUGGACGACCCACAGACAAGUCGAAGAGAUUUGCUGGCGGAACAGAGGCGAUGGUUGGAAAGCAGCGGGGCAAAGAUCAAUGACGCAGCUGAUAUCGAGAUCAGCCCUCUGGUCAGCUACGAAGGGGAAGGUUUAGAGAGCGUCAAUGGCAAAAUUUUGGACAAGAGCGCCAUCAUCGACCACAUUUGA